AUGUCUGCUCCUUACCCCGGUCGCCAAUCCCCUCCCCCGGAGCGCCAGUCCGGUGCUCAGCAGAACGAUCCGCCCGCCAGCGGCAAGAUCGCAGACGACUCUGUUCGCCCUGACGCCGAGUUCGGUCAGAACGAGUCGAACGAGUCCAAGGCCCAUGGCCUCGAGAGCAACCCCACGCACCCGCUAGAGAAGCUUGAGGAAGCCAAAUACAAGAAGGGCACUGGGAAUUAA